AUGCUCAGAUCAAGUGUUUUUCGCUACAACAUAAAGUCCCGUGUGGGCUGUCGCAGACAGCUCCACCAAGCUUCGCCAGGCCACAGCCGCUCACACAGAAGCACAACUCGUGCCGUCGCUACUAUCGUAGUUUGUGCAGGGACAUAUGCUCUGAUUUCUUCUCCCCAGAUCCUGCAUGCAGAUAGCUCUGGGAAGCCAGAGUCUGAAGACUGGUUCUCGUGGCCAGUCUUUAUCAAGAAACAGGGCUCUAAUGACCAAGAGGUGCAAUCUGGACCAACUAGCACCGGAAGUGAUGACACCCAAGCUCGACCAGGUCAGCAGGCGCCGCCGUCUCAGACCAAAGGCCACAAAGCUUCAGACAUCAGUGAGGCUCUAGAAGACUCUGAUGUAUCGGCAUGGCACACAAUGGUCGGGAGCUUCGAAACAGCCAAGGACAAUAUCGUCAAUUUUGAGAUCUCCAAACUUGGUGAGAAAAUCGCGGGCACCAUUGUACCGCGAUGGGUCAAGGUUAUACCUGGAUACAUAACCAAAUUGCAGAAUGAGCUGUCUAUGGCUCCUGGCUCCCUGGCCGAGGAAAUCUGGCACGAAGCAAAUGAUCCUGAAAUCAAUCCCGAGAUCAUGUGGGAUGCACGGGUUCGAGUAUCAGAUGAUAUCUGUAAAGAGGAGCGUGAUUUCCUCCAGAAACGGAAGUUACGCACGACUGCUGCCCUGGCCAAGUAUCUCGGUGUGCCGGAAGCAGAAAUACACCCAGCUGAUGUACCAAUCAUCGCAAUGUGUGGAUCUGGUGGCGGUCUUCGCGCCCUGGUUGCCGGCACUUCCUCAUACCUCUCUGCACACGAAGCAGGGCUGUUCGACUGUGUGACAUACACGGCAGGUGUCAGUGGUUCUUGCUGGUUGCAAACCUUGUUUUACUCUUCUGUCGGCCAACAAGAUCAUGGCCGCAUGAUCAAUCACCUCAAAAGCCGCCUCAACGUCCAUAUCGCAUAUCCUCCGGCAGCACUCUCACUUUUAAGCAGUGCACCCACCAGCAAAUAUCUCCUUAGUGGACUAGUGGAAAAGAUGAAGGGUGUACCGGAUGCCGCCUUUGGUCUCGUGGAUGUAUACGGCCUUCUCCUAGGUACACGUCUACUAGUUCCUAGAGGCGAGCUAGGCAUUUCAGAGUACGAUUUCAAGAUAUCCAACCAACGGCAAUACACCGACUCGGGCGCUUACCCGCUUCCCAUAUAUACGGCGGUCCGUCAUGAGAUUCCCGAGGUUGUUCAGUCACAAGAUCGCGCAAUGAACUUGAAGGACGAGAACUCGAAGGCGAUUGCUAGAGCGGAGUCAUGGUUCCAGUGGUUCGAAUGGACACCCUACGAGUUCUUUUGCGAGGAACUCGGAGCCGGAAUUCCGACUUGGGCGAUUGGUCGCAGAUUCGACGGAGGCUACAGCGUUUGGAGAGAAAACGGUCUUGCACUGCCUGAGCUCCGAGUUCCUAUGCUAAUGGGUAUUUGGGGAAGUGCGUUCUGUGCGACGCUGUCUCAUUACUACAAAGAAGUCCGACCUCUUGUCCGCAGUCUUGCUGGUUUCAGUGGCAUCGACCAAUUGAUUGCUGAGAAAGAUGAUGAUCUUACUAAAGUUCAUCCUUUCGAACCAGCGUCCAUACCGAACUUUGCUGCGAACAUGAAGAGCCUUCUGCCUCAGUCGUGUCCUGAAAGCGUUCACGAUGUAACAACGCUACAGCUCAUGGACGCUGGUAUGAGCAACAAUCUNCCUAUCUACCCACUCCUGAGACCUGGAAGAGACAUUGACGUAUUGAUCGCAUUCGACGCUUCUGCAGAUGUCAGAAAAGACAAUUGGAUCAAGGUCACCGACGGCUAUGUCAAACAACGAGGAAUCAAAGGGUGGCCCGUUGGUGCUGGGUGGCCUGGUGAGGAACUAAGCGAGGAGCAAACGCUGAAGGAACUCGAACAGGCGCAGGUUACGACGGAGAAAGAAGCGGCUGACAGAAUCGAGCGUGCACAACGUGCAGAAGCUUCUAAUGCUGUCAUGGCAGGUGACAAGGUCCCGGCCAAGCCCACCGAGUUGGGAUACUGCACUGUCUGGGUUGGUACAACCGAGGAGCGUGAGACUGACACAGAACCACCUCUGUCGAAGAAAGUCGAAGAGGAUUGGGAGCUCAUGCGGCCAGAUGCUGGUAUUGCUGUGAUUUACUUCCCAUUCCUCAAGAACGACAAGGUUCCAGGAGUCGAUCCACAGACGUCAGACUUCAUGAGCACGUGGAACUUCGUCUACACGACUGACGAGAUCGACAAAGUUGUGUCAUUGGCUCGAGCGAAUUUUGAGGAAGGAAAGGAACAGACCAGACGCACGAUCCGAGCAGUCUGGGAGAGAAAGAAGAAACAUCGUCUGGAGCGUGAGGCGGAAGAGAAGGAGAUUCGGAGGCAGAUAAGAAUGAGGAAGGCCAACAAAGUCCAGCAAUACGGCGAUCAUGGCGACCAAUUCAGCUAA